AGUGCCCCACUGGAAAGUCUUCCAAAUCUACCCAAAUUGAUGGGAGAUCCACUUCUGGAUGGCCUUUUCGUUUCCUCCGAGGAGGUUCAAACACGAGCAGCUCUAUCAAAUCGUCGAGUGUGUGACAGUGUCACCAAACUAUCUUCAUUUGGUCUUCGAACUUUGGUGGAAGGUGUGCGUCUCUUGGAACCCGGUGUGUGGCCGUCUUUACAAGAGAAGUUGAAUGAAGCGCGAACAAACAUGGAGGAUCGGGCGGAUGCGCUAUCAAAGGCAUACCGAAGCAUUGAACGAGAUCUCAUGUUGAUUGGAUGUACUGGAGUUGAAGACAGACUGCAAGAUGAUGUUCCAGAGACCCUGAGAGCCCUCCGCGAGGCCGGCAUUCAGAUCUGGGUUCUCACUGGAGACAAAGAGGAGACUGCAGUGAAUGUUAGCUUUCUUGCUGGCCAUUUUGCUCCCGGUCUCUCAAUCGUUCACGUAACCAAACAGAACGACCUUCUUAAAUGCUCUACUACUCUGGAAACUCAACUUAGAGCAAUUGAAAGCACCCAACUAGGAAAUACUAAAUUCCACUAUGGUAUUGUAGUCGACGGUCAAUCGCUAAACUUUGCUCUACAGACAACGCAAAAGGCCAAAUUCCUUCUCCUCUGUCAUGAUGCAGAUGCGGUGCUCUGUUGUCGUCUAACCCCGAUGCAAAAAGCCGAAGUAGUACGUCUUGUGAAGCAUUCGUGUUCUCCAGGACCCAUAACCUGUGCCAUUGGCGAUGGAGCCAACGAUGUAUCAAUGAUUCUUGAAGCUGAUGUUGGAAUUGGUCUUUAUGGCAAGGAGGGUCGUCAGGCGGCUCGAGCAGCUGACUACGUAAUAGGAAAGUUUCGAUUUCUCAAACGGGCUCUCCUUUUUCAUGGCUUUAACUUCUACUGGCGUACAGCAAAUGUGGUGCUCUACUUCUUCUACAAAAACCUUGUCUUCGUGAUGGCACAGGCGUAUUUUGGAGCCUUUUCGAGAUUUGCUACUCAAACUGCUUUCAGUAGCAUCUAUUUACUCUCAUACAAUGUUAUAAUGACUUCAUUGCCAAUCAUUGUCUAUGGGAUACUGGAAAUGCGAUUCCCAGAGGAACUUUUGCUGAAUACACCGCUUCUUUACAGAACUGUGGCUAGGAAUCGCCUGCUUUCAUGGAAAAAUUUCUUGAUUUGGAAUGCGUUUGCCUUGUGGCACUCUGCCAUCCUCUUUUUCGGUUGCUAUUUCCUUGCAAACGAGGGUGUUUCCAAACCGGGAGGGGCAGUUGAAACCCUCCAUGGUUUUGGAAGCAUGCUUUUUAGCCUUAUAUUUCUUGUGGUUACCAUAAAACUGCUCCUCAUCGCUCACUCAAUUAACACGCUAUUGCUUUUGACCAUAAUUGGAACAAUGCUUGUUACCUACGCAGUCUUUGUGUGUUUCAGUCGCGUCACCAUUCCAGUGAGCGAUGGAAGGAACCUACUAGGCAUUUGGGAGAAUCUCUUUUGUGGAUCUAGUGCAAUGAUCAACUUAUUUGGGCAUAUAUUUCUAUUAGCAUCCGCACUAGUGCCAGACAUCGUCUACAAGGUUUACAUGGACAGUCGUAGUGUGCUACCGGUGUCAAGCAACGACUCGUCUCAAAGGAAGGGGACAAGAAUGAAAGCUCGACAUGUUAGAAGACCACUACUGACCCAUUCUCCCUCCGACAUGAUUUAG